AUGGCUAAGUACCACAAGCUGCAUCUCUUCGACGUGGAUAUUAGCGACGAAGUACGUCUGCGCGAAAGUGAUUGGGUGGUGCCCGGCAGACGAAUCGUGGAACCAGUCGUGACUCCGAUCGGAAAACUAGGCAUCACAACUUGUUACGAUCUGCGGUUUCCGGAACUGUCUGGCAUUCUGAGAAGCUCUGGUGCCGAAAUAUUGGCGUUUCCUUCCGCGUUCACCGUCGCCACAGGCAUGGCACAUUGGGAGGUACUUCUGCGUGGUCGUGCGAUCGACACCCAAUGCUACGUCGUCGCCGCGGCGCAGACGGCCAAGCACAACGCGAAGCGCUGCUCAUACGGUCACGCGAUGGUCAUCGACCCUUGGGGAACGGUAGUGGCGCAGUGCAGUCCGUCGCCGUGGCCACAGAUUUGCACGGCUGACGUCGAUCUGCAUUUCCUCGAAGACGUCCGGAAACGACUACCGGUCGAACAGCACCGUCGUCGGGACGUUUACGUCCUUCGUCGCGAGACUUCGUUGCCAGAAACAAUCCAGCCCCAAGACAGCUUUCCGUUUGGCGACAAGAUUAUCCCGUCGCCGUGCGUGUUUUACGUAAGCAGUUACAGUUACGCGUUCGUUAACAGGAAGCCAGUCGUUGAAGGGCGUAAGUUUGCGCAAGCCAGUUGA